UUUGUAAUAUCUGCGACAUCCUUGACAGUUUGACAGCGAGAUACACGAUUGUCCCGCGACAAUUGAUUACUAACAAUGGCAGAAAUUGAGUGGCCGUGGCAAUACAGUUUCCCUCCGUUCUUUACACUUCAACCUCAUGCGGACACUAGAGCCAAACAAAUAGCGGCCUGGAAGAGUUUAGUACUGGAAUAUUAUCGUAUCACGAAGCAGGCUGUCGUGGACGUGCGAGAAGUGCACACGAACCCUCUGUUCAACAACACCAAUAUAAAUAGAAAGCUGCCAUCCGAAGCUGUGUUAAUAAUAUUAGAAGAACUGGGAAAAUCAGGAAACGCAUCUCCAUUGGAUAAGAACAAACAGAGAUGGUUGGUUUAUUGGCACACUUUAGAGGAAUGGGGUGAUAUAAUAUAUAAUUGGGCACAGGAGAAUGGUUUUGUUGGAUCUGUGUGCACAUUAUUUGAACUAACACAAGGGGAGGACACGAUUGAACAAGAAUUCCAUGGUCUCGAUACAGAAGUAUUAAUCAGAUCAUUGAAAACGUUGGAAGCUGCCAGAAAAGCAGAGCUAAUAUUAUUUGAUGAAAACCAAGGUGUCAAAUUCUUCUAAUCCUUGGAAAAUUACAUAAGCAUUACUGAAAAUCGUAUGAUAUAGAUGUGAAAUAAAUUACACAUUUCACACAUUAUAGCUUAUAAAUAUCUGCAUUUAAAGAUAAAUGUUUUUAUCAAAUUUAUGAUUACACAAAUGAUGU